UGAGGGGUUUCUCGAUCGCCUUUCCUUUUCCGUCUCCCUCCGCCUCUUAAAUCGAGAGCGAGAGAACGAGAGUGCGAGAGGGCGUCGGAAGGCAUCUCUGAGUCGCACCGCUGCAUUUCGAGGUUGCUUGCUUCGGCUUGUCCUCGAUCUCGUUUCUUUGAUGCGAGGGCGACGUUGUAGCUUCUGCGGCCGGCCGCGACUGCCGUGGGCUCUGCGGCGGCGAGGGUGGGGGUCAUCGUAGGGUUACAUGAGCACUUUGUUUGAGAAUCCUGCUUUCUUUUCUUCUUGAUGUGUGCACGGCAAUGAAGAAGGAAGGUUCCUUGGGCACGAGUUUUGAAGCCCCUUGUGGGAGAAUUACACGAGCUCGGGCUGCUGCUUGCCGUGCAAAUGGAAAACUUCCUCCCUUGAUGCCAUCAGUUGCGAAUGCAGAGAAGAAGCAGACACGCUGCAGCAACUUAAAGAGAGCAGCUUUUGAUGAGAACAGUCAUGGUUCCCAUCCAGCAGCUUCACAGUGCAAGAAAAAGCGUGCAGUGCUUACAGAUGUCACAAAUAUGUUCUCUCAGAAUUCCACCAGAAAUUGGGUACCAGCGGGGAAAGUCAAGUCUACCACUGCCCAAAGGGCUAAAUCAGGUCCUUCAAAAACCAGAAGGUAUUCCAACUCUAAGACGUCUAAGUUAUCUCUAGUUGGAAAUGCCUCAACUUUAGCAAACGUGGAAGAUAAGAUGAAUGAAGGAGUGCAAAAGGUGGAGACACUGGUGUCAAAAGGAUCUCCCCCAUUUGGAAAUAUGGAAGACUCCUUGGUAGCAUUACAGCACAAAGAGUUAGCCAUAGUUGGAAACACGCCUACUUAUGCUGACAUGAAAAAUGAAAUAAUUGAAGGAGCACAGAAUGCAGUGACACUUGUGUCAAAAGAAUCAUACCCGUUAGAAAAAGUGGAAGACUCCUUGAUGGCAUUACAGCAGAAGGAAAUCACCAGGGAUGGGGAGAGCAUACAUAUCACAACUUUGAUUGAAGGGCAUAACUCUGUUGGGAAUCAUGACCUCAUAAAUCACGCAAAGAAUGGGGGGUGCAGUGGCUUGGACUUUAUAGAUAUUGAUACAGACCAUGGAAAUCCUCAAAUGUGUUGCACUUAUGCCUCAGAAUUCUAUACUAAUCUUCGUGCUGCAGAGCUCAUUCGGAGACCGGUGUCUAAUUUUAUGGAAGCAUUGCAGCGGGAUAUCACUGAGAGCAUGCGGGGCAUUCUAAUAGAUUGGCUUGUGGAGGUUUCUGAGGAAUACAGACUUGUUCCAGAUACACUCUAUCUUACAGUAUAUAUAAUUGACCAGUUUCUCUCGCAAAACUAUAUUGAAAGACAAAGGUUGCAGCUGCUUGGCAUUACAUGCAUGCUAAUUGCUUCGAAGUAUGAAGAAAUGUGUGCACCACGUGUAGAAGAAUUCUGUUUUAUAACUGAUAACACAUACUCCAAGGCAGAGGUGCUCAACAUGGAGAGUCAAGUGCUUGGCUUUUUAGGUUUUCAACUUUCAGUACCUACCGCAAAAACAUUUCUCAGGAGGUUUUUGCGUGCUGCUCAUGCUUCAAAUAAGGUUCCUUCUUUAGCCUUGGGGUACUUGGCCAACUACUUGGCGGAGUUGACAUUGGUGGAGUAUAGCUUCAUAAAGUUUCUCCCUUCAGUCGUUGCUGCAUCUGCCGUAUUUCUUGCUAGAUGGACAUUGGAUCAGUCAGACCAUCCAUGGAAUCCAACCCUUGAGUAUUACACCUCGUACACAGCUAUGGAUCUGAAGGCGACCGUCUUUGCAUUGCAAGAGCUACAGAAGAACAGCAAAAGUUGUCCAUUGAAUGCCAUACGUGAAAAGUAUAGGCAGCAAAAGUUCGAGUGUGUGGCUACCCUGGCAUCUCCGUCGCUGGUGGAAUCACUCUUCUGAUGACAAAGGGAAGUCAGAAGAUGGUAACUAAACUAACAAUACAGUGCUGUAUCCUCUUUUACCUGUUCUCAUUUCUUUUCUCUUAAAGGAGCAAAAGGAAGAGAAAAGAGAGAGAUAGAGAGGAGAGAUGGCGUUCUGGAGGCAAGUAUGGGCGGUCUGCUUGUUAUCUAUUCUUAGUUCUUUUUAUUUGGUGAUGGCUGUUGAAUUCAUUUUAUCCCUGUGGCUGUGGUCUUUCUACGCCCGUCAUUGUAGCAUAAUCUUAUAAGAUGGAUGGGAGCGGUAAACUCAGUACAGAUUGACACUGACAUUGCAUGGCAAUCUGAAGGCUGCUCGUUCAGGAAUUUAUUGGCCCAUUGU